CUGUGGAAUUCUUGUUUCAGUAAAUUAUUUUUUAUUGUAAUUAUGUGAUUGCUGGUGUUGGUGUUGUCUUGUCUUGUUUCAUUUUAUAUAAAAAGAUUUAAUGAAAUAAAGACUUAUUUACAAUGAAAUGUAAACAAAUUAAUUAGUUUUGUCGUUGAGUAGGUGUAUUAGACUAUUUCGUUUAUAACUAUAUCGCUAUAAAAUUACUAUGCAACGCACAAAACAGCAUCUGCUUCAAAAAUUAUAUUCUAGAGAGAUCCAUGGUUCUUUUGUUAGGGGACAGUACUAUGGGCAUAAUAAAGCAGUCAAGCUGUUUAAUUCAAUUCCUGACCGAUUAAUGUUUUACCUCAAGGAUGUUAUCCAACACAUGGGAAACCACAUACUGGUGGGUACUACUCGGUGUGGGCAGUUCCUCAUCACUUACUCGUAUGCAACGGACUUGCGUUUAGGCCUGUCAGGGAAGCUAAUGUACAAGUACCGACUCCACUGGUGGGCGUUUCGCCCAGGUGCAGCAGCAUCCAAAGUGGCUGAGGUGCAGCUGUUUGACAACCAGGAUGUGGAGACUCCUUUGACAGUGGCCAUUGCACAGUGGCCCAAAGUCAAUGACAAACUUAUCAUAUACGGGUACAGCAACGAUGGUUAUGAUGACCAGGAAGAUGGGGAUGUAGAAAGCCGCAGAUUUUUCAUUACUGUCACCACACUGCCCUCGCUCCACAAUUGCCAUGACUGCAAGAGUGUGGCUGAGUCCUUUGAUGAGGAAGAAAUGGCCUCCUACUGGGAUAGCAGCAUUGGUCUGAGCUGCCUAAAACAUGGGCUCACUAUCCACACCACCUUGGACAUGGCUCAGCCCCCCUCUCCAUCGUUUGACUAUGCCAUCAAUCUCAAGAUAGACAACAAGAUAAUCAUUAACACUGGAAACUUCCUGCAUGUCCUGUUAUUCGGCUCAGAUCGGGGAGAGGUGACUUCAUCGCAUGAUGACAACAUUGUGCCUGCUGAGAUAAACCAUUAUAUCGGAGAGAAGUUGUCAUCAAUGACAGACGACUAUAUCUGCCCCUGGAAGACUAGCAAUAGCAGCGGCUUUACUGUGCCCAUGUCCAGACGCAAAACGCUGACACGCUCUGUAAACAAGGCCUGGCUGAACACUAUCAUGGAUAAGGCCGAGAAGGUUUAUGCAUUUGAGGAGUCAGAGGAUGGGUGUGAACCAAUGUUCAAGUGGUAUAGAAAACGCAGACUCGCAGACAAGAUGUAUGAAUUCUGUAGUGAUGAGGAUGAUGAGGAUAUGGAGAACAUACGACCACCAGCCAAAUCUGUGAGAACCACACAUCCUGCAAGAGAUAACAGUUAUGAGUGUGAGAUAAUGAAAAGCGAUAGGUUGAAAGAUGAAAGCAAUAAAGAAUGUAAUUUGGACGUCAGAGAAAACAUAGAAGAACCUAAAUAUUUGGUAGAAUCACUUAGAGGUAAGAGGAUGGAUUUGACACGUGAUAGGAGAAAUGAGUGGGAGUGCAAGAGAAGACGUGAGCAGUUGGAGGUUAGGGCUGUUGUGGGCACUGACAGUCGAGAUUGUGAUAAUAAAUGUGAUAUUCAUCAGAGAAGACUGGACGAAACUAGCUUUCGAAUUAAUGGAGAAAGCCAUAAAAAUCCAGCCGUGCCGCAGCAAAAUGUACUCGAUAGCAUUAGUGAUAUAAUCAACUGUGAUAAUUUAGAUAAGCUAACUAUGGGAGAAUCCACCUCAAGUAAGGUGGAACCUCUGCCGUCCAAAUCUGAACUACACAAAAUGUUGGAUGUGUCGGUAAUCAAUCCGGACUUAUCUGCAAUACUGGCUGAGUGGGAGGCAGAGUCCGUGUCGUCUCUGUCGCCCAAGUCUGACACUUUUCUCUACAAGAACGGGGAGAGCAAGAACGACGUUAUACAGUCAUUUCUGGACCUCAUACCGGGCAUGACAAUCUCACCUCGCAGUUCAAACAGUGGGUCGAGGAUUUCAGAACAUUCUUGCUCAGAGGCUAAUGAAAACAUAAGCCCUAAGGUGAAUGAAGGGCCCCACUCGACCAGUAGGUUGUCUUCCCCCAGCUCACCUCUGGCUUCCAAAUACUCACCUCUGCUUGUUGUCCUAAGGCCAAGAAAUUGCAACCAAGACAAGGACCCUCAGAGAUCCAAAGAGCAGGAUGAUAAGUGUAAAAUAUCAAACAAGGACGAAACAACGACCAGAGUUAAACCUGUAAAAGAUCAAGAUCUCACAAUGAGACAAAGAAUGAUUUCUGGUUGUUCAGUGCGUUUUGAUCGGAUUUACAUCGAAGUCGAUGAAGAAAUCAUCUCCACCAUCACAGACAUUGAAGAUGAUGACCAAGGAACAGGCUUCCACUGCGCCUUGCCGCUGUCCGUCCAUGGUUCUGCGUACGCUCAGCUGCAGAUGAUAUCUGGUACUAAGGCAGAGAAAAUGAACAUUCACUGUGAACGUGUCUACCAGACUAGUUUAGACAUCGAACAGUUCUGCUUCAAAGCUGCAGAAAUCAUUUGCAAAUGUGAAGGCUUCAAAUUUUGGUUUUGCAAUGAUUAUGAUGUUGAAAUAAUUGACGUUUGUGCAUUUAACGGUGACAUCUUAGGAGUUGUUUGUUUACGACUGAAUGCUGAGAAGAAAACUCAAAAAAAUGAAAGGCACAGUCAGCGCUACUUCUAUGUGGUUCGUUGUGUGUUUGUGUGGAAUCCUGGGACAGAUCGGUGCUGGCUGGAGGCAUACUCACCUCUGGUGGACGUAACAAAACAUGUAAAUCAUGUUAAUACCAACUGGGCUCCUGCCAAAGGGGAGGCGGCCAGAUUACGUAAGGCUCUCCGCUACUCCACCCUGUUCAUGCUACCUUCUUACCCGCCCAUCCGCACCCUCUCUCACCACAUGUGGAGCAGUAACCAGAUUUUGGUUCCUACUCUUGAAGAAAUUAGAGAUCAUGCCAACCUAAUAGGCUUCAGAUUAUUACGUGUCCCUCGCUACCUCGGACGAAUUGCUGAAUUUGAAUAAUAGAUUUUGGAGUGUGCGUGUCCAUUUCAUCAAAAUGUGCUGAUUUUUUACAUAAUGUUUACAGUUCCUAGUAUUUAUUUGUAAGUUCAAGCUGUAAAAUAAUAAUUUGGUUGUAAAUUGUUAAUUAUUUAUAUUUGUUCUUUUUAAGUAAAAAUGUCUCCAUGUUUGUCAUCCAUUGUUUUUUAAUAUUUUCUCCAGAUAAGUUUGUUUUGUAUUUUAGUUUUAAGUAAAAAUAUUCAGAUUAACAGCUAAUUAAUUCAGUUUGAUAGUUUCAUUAUACAUAAAUUGUAUCAAUAAAUUUCUUACAAUGCA